CUAAAAUAGUUGGUGUGGUGUUAUCUGGUAUCAAGCCUUCAACAGAGUUGCUUUGUCAAAAUUGUGCAGCAAUCUUAAAGCAUGAGCUCUAAUCGUGUGAAAUGGAAUGAGGACAAUCUGUAUGAGAUUGAAUCAAACAAGCCAGCGAGGCAGAAGAUAACUGAGCCCAAGACACCCUAUCACCCUAUGAUAGAUGAUGAUGGGUCACUAUCACCAACACGCCCGUUCGACAAGUGUCUAGAGGAGACUGCUAAUGCUGAAGCUAUUUUAACUGCUUUAAAUGGUGUGGCUUCUUCGAGUAAAAAUGAUUCAAAGGAUGAUGAUUGGGCAACCUCAGAUGAUGAUGCAGAUACCAUGGAACACGAUGAUGACUCAGAAGGUGACAAAGGAUCUGUGAGUUUUAACGAUCAUCGCCGUGCUCACUACGAUGAAUUCCGGAAGGUCAAGGAACUAAUGCGCUCUGGAUCUCUGGUCGAAGAAGGGGCAAACAACACCCAAAACAAGACAGCUGGAGAGAAGGCGGCAUGCGAUAAGGACAAACAGUCAUCACCUCAAGAAUGAGCAACGAGCGUGCAGCUGGUGCCUGCUCUGUGUGUAUUGCUGAAUCCUUGUUUUGCACACCGACACCUAAUUCCACACGCCCUUCGUUGA